CUGAAGAAGCAGCACACAUCAAAAUUAGGUUUCUUUGUUAUGGCUGCUGCGGAACUGGAUUACAAUGAUUUGCUGGACAACAUAUUUUUGGCAGAAGAAAAUAUUGUGAAAGAGAGUUACCAGGAAGGCUUAGAAGUGGGACGUGCAAGUGGGGACAAUGAAGGUUAUAAGCUAGGCUAUGAGCAAGGGUUACGACUUGGCAAGGAAUUAGGUGAAAUUUACAGUGUCGUUGUGGCACAACAACAACUAAAACACACUGAAAAGCUGCAACGUGCAUUACAACAAUUACGUACAAGCAUAGACCAAUUUCCACGUGAUAAUAAUCCCAAARCCGAUAUAAUUGGCAUGCUGCAGGACAUACGCAAGCAAUACAAAUAUGUACGGGUGUUGACGGCAGGCAAAGUUGGAAAGGCAACGAAAGAAGUAGAAAUCGCCAAAAGUAGUGGUGGUGCGAUAAAGAAGGCCAAAGAUUUUUCUUUUUAAAAAUCACAACAACUGAAGAAAUGAGUAGCAGUCAAAUACGCGCGUGCUUGGAGGAUAUUUUACACUUCAUGCAGCCACAUUGWUGUGUGGAAUACAAUGCUUGCAACAGACUGCAAACGACAUCUGUCAAAUAUUAAAAUACACACGUUCUUAUGG